UGAAGUUCUGGGAGGACUAAACAUGUGUGUGCCCCCACAGACCCCCCAGAGGACAGGACCCCCCGAAGUCCGGGACCUGCGGCUGAUCUUAGAGGGACACCAAGACAGGCCAGGUGUACAGAAGAAUUUGCAGUAGAGGAAACGGCUUCAUCUUCGUAGUUCUCUGCAUUGGUCCCAUUUUUCCCACAGCAUGGCAUCGUCUCCUGGGCUGAACGCUGACCCGUUACCCAUGCUUCAGCUCCAGGAGGCGGACUCCAAUAAGGCUUCAGAGAGGCAGACCUCUCCAGGACUCCUGCCCACCAUGUAUAGUCCUCCCCUGGGGAUAGACAGCCACACCGUCUGCAUUCCAUCUCCAUACACUGACAGUGGCCAUGACUACAACCACGGACACAGACCCUUGACUUUCUAUGGUCCACCUGUUCUGGGCUACACCAGACCCCCCAUCACCGACAGUCCGACAUCCCUGUGUCCCCCUUUAAGCCCCUCAACCUUUUGGUCCUCCCACAGCCACCACAACGUACCCUCUCUGACUCUGCACUGCACCCAGCCUCUGGUCUACAGUGAACCUGGACCACAUCCAGCCUGGCUCAAUCCCAAAUCCCACAACUUCAACCCCAACAGCUCCGUCAUCAGCUGUAACAAGCUGCUAGGAAAGAAACCUGAAGAAGGUGUCGAAGGGGGGAAGUCAUUGUGCUCCUCAGCUGCAGGGAAAGCAGACAUGCACUUCUGUGACGUGUGUCACGACUACGCCUCCGGGUACCACUACGGCGUGUGGUCGUGUGAGGGCUGCAAGGCUUUCUUCAAGCGGAGCAUCCAAGGACACAACGACUACAUCUGCCCCGCCACAAACCAAUGUACCAUCGACAAGAACCGACGGAAAAGCUGCCAAGCCUGCAGGCUGCGGAAAUGCUACGAAGUGGGCAUGAUGAAGUGUGGUGUGAGGCGUGAACGCUGCAGCUAUCGAGGAGCCCGGCACCGUCGUGGAGGCCUCCAGCCUCGGGGUUUGGUAAGGAUCGGGAUUGGCUCCCGGACACAGCGCCUCCCCCCCAUUGAGCUUCCUUUCUCCUCGCUCGCUCCCCUGACUCAGCAGAACCACUCGCCGUCCAUGAGUCCAGAGGAGUUCAUCUCUCGCAUCAUGGAGGCGGAGCCCCCAGAGAUUUACAUGAUGGAGGACCUGAAGAAGCCCUUCACCGAGGCCAGCAUGAUGAUGUCUCUUACCAACCUGGCAGACAAGGAGCUGGUGCUCAUGAUCAGUUGGGCUAAAAAGAUCCCAGGAUUUGUAGAGUUGAGUUUAGCUGACCAAAUCCACCUGCUGAAGUGUUGCUGGCUGGAGAUCCUGAUGCUGGGCCUGAUGUGGAGGUCUGUGGAUCAUCCUGGGAAACUCAUCUUCUCUCCAGACUUUAAACUCAGCAGGGAGGAGGGCCAGUGCGUGGAGGGCAUCAUGGAGAUAUUUGACAUGCUGCUGGCGGCCACCGCUCGCUUCCGUGAGCUCAAGCUGCAGAGGGAGGAGUACGUGUGUCUGAAGGCCAUGAUCCUCCUCAACUCCAAUCUGAGCACAACCUCCCCACAGACGGCCGAGGAGCUGGAGAGUCGGAACAAGCUGCUGCGACUCCUGGACUCUGUAAUUGAUGCACUUGUCUGGGCCAUUUCCAAACUGGGACUGUCCAACCAGCAGCAAACUCUGCGCCUGGGCCACCUCACCAUGCUGCUUUCUCACAUACGCCACGUCAGUAACAAAGGGAUGGACCACUUGUCUAACAUGAAGAGGAAGAAUGUGGUUCUGGUUUACAACCUCCUCUUGGAGAUGCUGGAUGCCAACACAUCCAGCAGCGGCAGCAGUCAAACUGCCUCGUCCUCACCAAGCUCGGAUACGUACUCCGACGGGCUGCAGUACCCCCCACCUUCGUUCCAUCUGCAGCCUGGCAUGGAAGACGUUGUCACCUCUCACCCCAGCAAUGACAGCUUUCAUGAGCCUCCACUGGAAGCAGCUGAAGACCGACUCAUGGAUGGGCGUCUGCAGGCUGGUACAUUCCCAUCCACGCCUUCUCCUCAGAAUUUGGUCGGGUCUUUAAUAGACAACGAUGACUACAUCCCAACGGAGCGCUGGUCCCUGGAUGCGGAGGACAGGGGUUCAGCAGGGGAACCGGUUAGUUACAUCAUCUCUGAUCAUGUUGUCAUGGAAACAGCCUUAGAGGGGUGAAAUGACUGAACCUAAAAGGUACCCAACCCCUGAAGAACACUGAGAAAAGAA